AUGCCGUGUUCUCAGGGUGAAGGUUCUGACUCGGCCCACUUCCCAGCCAAGGGGUUCUGGAUCUGCCUGUCGGCGCUGCUGCUCCUGGUCGCCAUGGCGAUGGGACUGACCGGCUAUCUUGCGCUGACCGGGCCGGGCUCUACGUCCCUGCAGACCGUGCGGCUGACGGCGCCGGACCAGACGGGGGUUCUGCUCAACCAGACGGCCGUUUUGGACCCGCAGAACCACCUGGUGACACUUUCCGUCACCGCGGCAGGAAACCAGACGUCCACGGUUCUGUUCGACGUCAAACAUGGCCUGAUCUGCUACCGACCUGCAGACCAGCAGCGCUGCUUCCUGCAGACCAUGGAGCGCUCCGACUACGACCACGUGGGCUCCCUGCUCAGCGGACCGCAGAACCAGGUGAACGGGCUCAGCAGCGGUUCGGUUCUGUCAGGCUCAGCAGUGGUUCGAUUCAGUUUGGUUCUGUUGGGCUCAGCAGCAGUUCGCUUUGGUUCGGUUCUGUCGGCCUCAGCAGUAGUUCGGUUCGGUUCUGUCGGGCUCAGGCAGCUGCAGCUCUCCCUCCGUGGCCUCCAGGCUGAAUCGGCGAUCCGAUCCGGGCGGAUCCGCUUUCAGCAGCGACCCGACCGGGGCACAAUGGUCGCUCUGUGCGAAGCCUCUCAAAGGGCCGACUGUUCCUGCUGGUCAGAUUAGAGGCGGAGUCCAGUUCCACGCCAGGUAUGAUUUCUGCUGGAUUAUCUGAUUUCUAACAAUAAUCUGAGGCUGAACGGAGCCGGGUUUGUUCCUGCAUGGACAGCAGCAGAGAGUAAUUUAAUCUGUCAUGGAGGAUUGCAGGCCAAUGAGUUUACUAUCGGAAGACCGCUGCGUCCAUCUGGUUUGUCGUCAGUCAUCAGCAGUUCUUUAAGCUCAACAUGAUUCCUGCUGGUUCUGGUUCCGGUUCUGUAAGCCUUUGUUGGUGUGGACGUCUGAACGGCGACCCUGUCCUUGCAGGGAGACGUCCAGCUGUCUGGGAACGAGACGCAGAGGCGGACGCAGUUCCUGGGCGUGAUGGCGGGCGGUCAGGUGGGCGUGGCCUCGCUGGACGAGCCGCUCCGGACGCUGUGUCGGGACAGAACCGUCCACCGGACCCGCAGGACCGACGGUGAGAGCAGAAACAUGCCACUGAUGAGACAAAGGUUUUCCUUCCACUCAACUCUCCACUCAUACACACAGCAAUGACUCUCAGGCUGCUAACUGGUGCUAAUACAUGAAAAUAAAACGGAAUCAGUUUUAAUCCCAAUCAAUAACCGAUCAAACUGCAUCUGUCUGCGUCAUGCAGCCUGGGAGAAGGAAGGACUCAAACCAGCAGAAACAUGUGACGAACUCUGACCUUUCAACUGACUGAAAGGUCGUUGUGUCCCUGAACGCUCAGUCAGCAGAGACCAACAUGCUGCUGCCGUUUCUGAACUUACUGCCAAAAACUAACAUUUAGCCUGAAGGAAUAGAAAUGUUUUGUUAUUCAGAGUCAUAUUUUCACCAUUUUAUUUAUUUAUAAAUGU